AUGAAUCUGUCGGUGAGAGUCGGUGUCCUGCUGUUGCUGCUGGCGCUGCCUGGGCUGGCGAACGCGGACGAGGCGCCGAAGGUGGAGGUGUACUCCCGCAAGCACGCCGCGAACGGCGAGGAGAACGUUCUGAACUGCUUCGCGAGCGGGUUCUACCCGCCGCAGAUCAGCAUCACCCUCCUCAAGAACGGGCAGCCCAUGAGCGACGUGAAGCACGCGGACAUGUCCUUCAACGACAAGUGGCACUUCCAGCAGCUGGUCUAUGCGCCCUUCCGGCCCCAGCGCGGGGACACCUACUCCUGCAGGGUGGCGCACUCCGCCCUGCCGGAGCCCCAGACCUACCGGUGGGAUCCAGACUUCUGAGCUGUCUGGGGUAAUAAAGGUGAGUUGUGGGGCUGCAGAUCA